UAAUAGAAAUAUGUAAGAUGAUGAAAUUGAGGAAACUGUAAUAGAUGGAUGGGUAAUUGAUACUUCUGUGCUUUUGGGUUAGGGAACAUAUGGAAAAGUCUUACGUUGCCAUCAUUAAGAUGAACCAGAUAUUGUUCAUUGUGUAAAAAUAAUUUCAAAGAUGAAUAUUAAUGUAAGAGAAAAUAAUUUGACAAAAACUAUAUAAAAUGAAAAGAGUGUUGUUUCAAAGUUGGCUAAUGUUAAUUGUGAAAACUUAGUAUAAAUUAUUCAGGUGAUUGAUAAACCAAAGCAUGUUUAUAUAAUAAUGGAAUUAUGUGAUCAUGACCUAGAGAAAGAAUUCGAAAAUAUUAAACCUAAUUGGUUUUCUAGAAAAGAAUAGUUAGAUAUGAUUAAACAAAUUAUAAAUGGAGCAUGUGCUUUAAGAGAUAAUUAAUUAAUACACAGAGAUAUAAAACCUCAAAAUAUUCUUGUCAAAAUUGUAAAUCAAAAUGGAUAAUAAAGAAAAAUUUAUAAAGUAAAAAUACUCUAACUUAAUUAAAGCUUGCGGAUUUUGGUUUUUCAAGAACUUUAGACAAUAUGUAUUAAAGUGCAAAUCUAACUCUUGUAGGAACUUGGAAAUACCUAGCACCAGAAAUUUAUUACAGACAAUAAUUCUCAGCUAUGUGUGAUAUAUAUUCAUAUGGUCUACUGUUUCAUUAAAUUGCAUUUAAAGGAAAGCUUCCUUUUAAUGGAGAUGAUUAGGUUAAACAUUAUAAAAAUAUUGAAACUUCUAAUUUUAAAUGUUAAUAACUAUCUGGAGAAUAUGGAGAUUUAAUAACUAAUCUUAUUGAAAGAAUGAUUGUUUUUUCUCAAGAAUAACGUAUUAAUUUUGAAGAACUUAAGUAGCACUAAAUAUCAACACUUUAAAUUAAUAUACCAUAAGAAUCUCUAUUCAUACCUUUUAAUCUAAGAUACAAUAAAGAAGAAAUUGAAAAUUAAUAAAUCGCAGAUAAAGAAAAAUUAUGGAAUGGAAUUUAUAAAAUAUUAAAUAUUUAUUAUCAUAAAUAUCUUUUAUGUGAUCAUGUUAGAAAUCAUUUAAAAUAGAAGUUUUAAUCUCCUACUUUAUAUAUUUUAAUCACUUAAUUAUUUAUUGGAUGGAUUGGAUUUCGUUAAAUAAAAUAUGCAUUUUCUCUUAUUAAGACUAUUCUGACUGAUAUCGAAGAACCUUUAAUUAAAAACAAUAAUGUACCACUUUUAAUAAGUAUAAUCAAAAAUUAUUGUGAACAAAGCUAGAGAACAAAUAAAUAUAGUUAACUCAAUUCGAAUAUUAAUUAAAUAUACUACAAAUUCAAAAAUAGCUUAAAUUAAGAUUACUGUGAAUUUCUUAUGAAGAUUUAUAAUCAUAAAGAUUAAUCAACCAUUAAAAAUGAAGCCAAUAUUUUAAAAUAUUUAGAGAUUUAAAAUUUUGACUGCUAAGUUAUUAGCGAUAAACUAGAUGCCUUAUUGAAGACUUAGAUACUUUAAAAAACAUAUGAUUAGACAGGUAAAUAUCUAUGCAUAUGAUUUAGACUAAAGUUUAAUUAAAAAAGUGGUAAACUUAUAAAAAGAUUUUGAAAUCGUGAACUGUGCUUUUAUUGAUGUAAAUAAAAUUUUUGAACAGAAUAAUUAUUGA